AUGUCUACAUCAAUAUUUAGGUUUGCAAAGAACAUAUAUAGGUCAGGUUUGAGGAGAGCAGGAUGGCAAUUACAAGUGCACAAUGAUGUGAAGAGUGGUACAUUAAUUGGAACUGAUGACCAUGGCAACAAGUAUUAUGAAACUGAUGCUCCGGAAGAACCAUUGUUGAGAACAAGAUGGGUCGAAUAUAACAACUGGUCUCCUGAUAUAUCACAAGUUGAACCCGGCUGGCAUUAUUGGUUGGGUUAUGGUUCAAAUACUCCACCAAAUAAAUUAGAAGGAAGUGAAAAGACGACAAGAGCUUAUCCUUUACCUGCUCAUCAUAAACCAAACUUGACCAAUACCCCAGGUGCUUACGUUUGUUAUAAUACUGCUAAGCCAAAAUGUCAAAGUUGGAGUCCUGAAGUGAAGGAAAGGGCCGGGGAAAGAGUUGGAGAGAGAGUAUAG